CCUUCUCUAGGCGCAGAUUGCUGGCAACUGGCUAAAAUGUUGCAGCGCUCAGCGCAACACUUCCUGCUCUGUUGCAAAGUCGGAAAGGCGGUGCAGACCAAAGCUUUGGUGCAGACCAUCCCAUUCGCGUUUGUCUCACAACUGGGAAGCUGCAGAACCAUGGCGGGCAAAAACCCCAACGUGUUUAUGGACAUUUCCAUUGAUAGCAAGCCCGCUGGCCGCAUUGUAAUGGAGCUCAGGGCCGAUGUUGUCCCAAAGACUGCAGAGAACUUCCGUGCCUUGUGUACUGGGGAGAAGGGUUUUGGUUACAAGGACUCGACUUUUCACCGGAUCAUUCCCGAUUUCAUGUGCCAGGGCGGUGACUUCACGGCACAUAAUGGCACUGGUGGAAAGUCCAUCUACGGGAACAAAUUUGAUGAUGAGAAUUUCAAGCUGAAGCACACAGGAGCAGGUAUCCUAUCCAUGGCCAAUUCUGGAGAAAACACAAAUGGUUCCCAGUUCUUUCUCUGCACCAAGCAAACUGAUUGGUUAGAUGACAAGCAUGUUGUGUUUGGAAAGGUGGUAGAUGGCAUGGAUGUUGUCAGGAAGAUGGAAGAUACCAGCAAGCCGUCAGAAAAAGGUGGCACCAAAUCGAAGAAAUCUGUCCCUGUUGUCAUCACUGAUUGUGGACAGUUGCCCUAAUGUAUUUGCGUUUGGAAGCAUGCAGUUCAAAUAAAGUAUGAUCAUUUGUGACUCGCA